ACUGCUAACUUCAAUUUAUUUACCUACAUGAUCUUGCGCGGCUGAAUUAACUGUUCUUUCUGUGAAAUUCCACCAUUUAUAAUGAAUUUAGAACGAUUUCGAAGCUUAGUCCGCUGUUAUAUUGAUAAGCAUCAAUAUGACAGUGCAGUUUUCUGGGCUGACAAGGUUGUCACAAUGUCAAAAGGUGAUGUUCAUGAUGUUUACAUGUUGGCUCAAAGUCUUUACCACACCAAACAAUACCACAGAGCUGCACAUCUCAUCAGGAACAGAAGAUUGGAUAAAACACACAAGGCUGGAAGAUAUUUAGCUGCAAAAUGCUUAGAAGCUGUACAGAAAUGGGAGGAGGCCCUGAAUGUCCUUGAAGGAUGUGACGAGAGUGACAUCAUGAUCUUCCCACCGAGGAUUGAAGAAAUGAAACUAGAUGACCAAAAAGAUGAGCUGGAUAGGAUCCCAUUACAAAAUGUUGAUAGCUCGAUGGCACUGUUGAGGGGUCAGAUCUACUCAGCUCUUGAGAAUCGUAUCCAGGCCUCAGAAUGCUACAAACAGGCACUGUUUGAAGACGUCCACUGCUACGAGGCAUUUGAAUUACUCGUCAAACACCAGAUGUUGACUGCAGAAGAAGAGAAAGAACUCCUUCAGUCAUUACCAAUCAGUGAACAGUGUCCUGGGGAAGAUUUGGAGUUUGUCAGAAGUCUUUAUCAAAGUCUUCUAAAGAAAUAUGACAGGCCCGUAUCAACAAAGUUAGCAGACUCUUUGACGAGCCUCAAUACCAAUCUAGAUAUACAGACCAACACGGCAGAGAGACACUACUAUAACUGUGAUUUCAGGACCAGUUAUAAAAUCACUUGCAGUGUACUUGAAUCAGAUCCAUUCCAUGAGAGAUGUUUACCAGUCCAUGUAGCAACAUUAGUAGAACUCAAGAAAUCUAAUGACUUAUUUUACCUAGCCCAUAGAUUAGUAGAUCUUCAUCCUGAUAAAGCAGUAUCGUGGUUUGCUGUCGGUUGUUACUAUUAUCUCGUAGGGAAGAAUGAACCAGCAAGACGGUUUCUAAGCAAAGCUACAGCAAUAGACCGUCUGUACGGUCCAGCGUGGCUAGCCUUUGGCCAUUCCUUCGCAGCUGAAGGAGAGCAUGACCAAGCGAUGGCAGCUUACUUCACUGCCUCGAGACUUAUGAAAGGAUGUCAUCUACCCCUUCUGUACGUUGGAUUAGAGUAUGGUCUUACCAAGAACUUCAAGCUAGCCGACAAGUUCUUCAUUCAGGCUUUAGGCAUAGCCAGCAGCGAUCCAUUCGUUCUUCAUGAAAUGGGUGUGGUGGCAUUCCAUAAUGGAGAUUGGGAGACUGCCGUCACGCAUUUCAACGAAGCCUUGGAUAUAGUGCAGGACAUCAGCAAACAGACGCUAGCUGACAAAUGGGAGCCGUUACUGAACAAUCUAGGGCACGUCUACAGAAAACUCAAGAGGUAUGAGGAGUCCCUGGAGUACCAUCGGCAGGCGUUGAUCCUUAGUCCUCAGAAUCCCUCAACAUUCUCAGCCAUCGGUUACGUAUACGCACUCAUGGGCCAGUUCUCAAUAGCCAUCGACUACUUCCACAAGGCUCUUGGUGUGGGUCGUGAUGACACAUUCUCAGUGACCAUGUUAACUCACAGUAUAGAGCAGUACAUUGGAGAGAUGUCACCUUGUACAGGAGGAAGUGAAACCGUUCCCGACCUGGAAGCAGUCGUCAAGGAGGAGGUCGUUGCUACGACGGAGAAGUCAAACUCAAGUGUAGACAUGGAGGUGGAGAUGAAUCUGGAGGACUCGCCAAUGCCACAGAAGAUUGCAAAAUAGGAUCUUACCAUGGACAGUAUCUGUAAUGAUGCAAGAAAUGUUAAGGCAAGAAUGUCCUUUAUUGGAUGUAAGACACCUAUUAGUGUUAACUUCAGAAUUAUCUGCCUCAUCAGCUUUUCAAAGCUUUGCAGACGAUACCGCAUAGACGAUCUCUGAUGAGGCAAGAACUAUGAAGGCAAGAAUGCCGCCCUUUAUUGGAUGUACGGACACCUAUUGGUGUUGACAUCGGAUUAAUCUGCCUAAUGGACUUUUUGAAGGCUAUUGCAGGUGAUACCUUCUAAAGACGCAUUUGAUGAAUGCACCUAGGUAAUCUUGACAUCUGUUUCUUGUUCUGAGGAAUGAUCUUUCUCAUUGGCUUUUCUAAGACUUGCAGACGAUACCAAAAAGAUGAUCUCUGAUGAUGAUGCAAGAACUAUGAAGGCAAGAAUGUCACCCUUUAUUGGAUGUAAGGACACCUAUUAGUGUUGAAAUCAAAAUAAUCUGCCUUGUGAACUUCUUGAAAACUAUUGCAGGUGAUACCUUCUAAAGACACAUUGGGUGCGAGAAACCUUGGUAAUAAGUGUGGAUUGAUGCCAUGCCAAAGGACGCUAGGCCACAGUGGGAUUUGAACACACGCCCCUCUGGUUACAAGAUGAGUCAGAACCGCUACACCAUGACGCUUAGGUGCAAGAUCAAGAAACCUAUGUAGUUUUGAAAUUGGUUUCUUUUCCUGAAUAAUCUGCCUCAUUGGGAUUUUUUUUCAAAGACUCUUGCAAAAGAAAUUGCAAAUGUCCAUACAUGUAAGGCUGUCUACCAAGACACCAAUCACUUGUUUCACUCUGUACUCCUUUGAGAAGAUGUUAACCUAAAUAGUAUGACUUCCCCCAAAACUGGAAUUGUGCUUUAUGCUCCUUGUCCAAAUCCGUAGCAUUAUUUAUUCUGAACAUAGACCCAUAUUGAGAACACGGUAGCGUUUCAUGAAAGGACUUGUCAGAUGUUUUAUCCGACAGUAACUAUGGUUACAGUACCUCUCAGCCAAUCAUAAUCAAGAAAAGUUGUCAGACCUGACAACUUGUUGGACGAAAAUGUAGAUGAGACACUCCCCAUGUGUAGGAUUUUCUUGCAGGCAGUCCAUCGACAAUCAAUUACCGGGUAUGCUUUUAGUCAAGCUUGACAUUUGGGUCCAAUGCAAAGACAUGACUAGGGCAUUGCAAGAAACUUCUGUUUCAUUGCAAAGCAAGCAUAGGCCCCACAGAUCAAGGGUAAUAAGGUGUUUGGAGCUGGUGGAGUUGCUGUUGAAUGCAAAUCAACUACAAAUUUGCAUUCAACAGGACUUGUGCUUUAUGUGGGGACUUUUGCUUGAUUUGGAAUUCAUCGCAAUUUUCUUGUGAUUUGAAAUUAUAUAUGUCACAUUUACUCAAUCACAGGGUUUCUUACAAAUUUCUUUUUGCAGAUAUCAAACAGCAAAAUGCACAACUUUUUGACAAUGGCAAAUAAUGUCUGGUAUUGAUAUUUUCACGUAAUACAAGACUUUGUUAACGGUAAUGAGUUUGAUUCAAAUUGUACUUUAGCUAUAAGCAUUACAUGUCUUGACCUUAUUCAAAGCAGGGAGAAAAACAUUAUAUUAUCUGUACUUGAGCUAAUAUUCUUGUUCCUUUUUCAUCAUGAAUCAGUUUUUGUAUUGAGAACAAAAGUAACACAUUGGGGCUAUUUUGCAACUUUAUGGGGUAUUUAUAUAAAUAUCACUCCAUCCCUCGGAUAGGAUGUUAAAUGGAGGCCCCCUUGUAGAGGAGAAUCAGCACCUUUGCACGUUAAGACCACAAUGCACUAUUUGUAUAAGUGUAGGGGGAAACCCCGGUGUAGUGGUCCACCUGCACUCCCCAAUCAGUUAUAAUGGGAGGAGAGACCUGCGGGUCAUAGUGAUUCAGUUCGCUUUUCGCCACCCAGGCACAGGUGCCGCCAAAACAAUCAUAAUAUCAGGGGCUAAAUUGCACUCGACUUAAAUAUAUUUUUCACUUUUUUUUAUUUUUUUUUUAUUUCAAGGAUACCAAUAAUAUUGUGAAAAUGGUAAAAGAUUGUGAAGAUUGUACUGUUGAAUUAUAUCAUACACGAUGAUGUAUACAUUUUUGUACAAAUAUAUGUGCUAUUGCUUAGCAUAUUAAAUAUAGUCAUGAUUUUAUAUUAACAUGAAA